UAAUUUAUACACUCUCUCUAAUCCACCCCUCCCUCUCCCUCUCUCUCUCUCUCUCUAGCCGUUUAGUUGGCCUAUUCAACAAGACCUUUUCAAUCCCCUUUGCUUUCAAUUUCACUCCCGAAUUAAUUAACCCUCCCAAACCCACAUAGACAUUUGUGUAUAUACACCAAUACAUUGACCAUAUCGUAGCUCUAGAUUCAAGUUUUUGUUCUAAUGGAUUGCUUGGUAUUGCCAGUUUCUAUAUUGACGAGGAAGAGAUUUACGGGGUCACGGCUGGGCUACAAGCCACUAAAGGAAGAUGGGUUGGAGGGUUUGGUGAGGGUGGUGGUGGGGAAGGAGAAGAGGGAGUUCUUGGUGGAGGAUUUUGUGUUAAAAGAGAGUCCUUUUCGGGUGUUGAUGGAUGCUGUAGUGAGAAAAGAAAACAGAGGAAACAGAGUGAUUUUUGUGGAUGUUGAUGCGAUUUUGUUUGAGCACAUGCUUUGGUUGAUGUACAAUGACUGUUCGUCUCUGUUUCAGCUUAAUUUAGAGGAGAUUCUUGAAUUCUAUGCCCAAGAUAACUGAGAUUUCACAAACUAAGAAAAUGGAGAGGUACUGUUUUCAUGUAAUAUGGGCUACACUUACAUUAAUAUGACCAUUUUCAUUUUUUUUUCCUUC